AUGCCCUCGAACCCGGCCGCUGAGGCUUUUUCCAAAGAGUGGGAACGAUGCUUCGACAGGAAGCCGAUUUCUGCAAAGAAGUCCGCUUCCUCUCUCUUCUUCCCCCCCUCACCCUCCGAUGGUAGACCGCAAUGGACAUUGAAUGGUCGGGGCUUAAAUGGCUGGCCCGGUUUCCUUUUCAUCUUGUUCUCUCAGCAAACUGUCGCUCCUCUUUCCUACUCCCCUCUUCUGACUCGUCCCCGCCGCUCACCUCAUGCCAUGUCCAGAAACCCGAUCAUUGCCGAUCUCGAUGUGGAACACAACGAGCUAGCGCAGACCUGGAAAACAUUCAAUCGCUUUCUGCCCCCCAGUAGCCGAACCCAACGUGGCGAUCAGGCCCCCGGAAUUGACGAUCUGAUUCUCCUCAUUCGUGAGGUACAGAAGACAUGGAAAUCACACCCGCGCAAACGAGUCUUCGACCGCCCACUCGCUCUGUGCGACCAGCUGGUGCCGACCUUGUCCAUCCAUGACACACUGAUGACUGUGCUGCCAGAUAACAGUCUCUUUCACACUCCAUUACUAUACAGCGUACUCCAGACGGUGAUCAAGGCCGCGUCGCUAUACCCACCAGUCAUUGAGAUCUUCCUAAACGCGCUUCUGGAGAUUCACCAUGAACUCAGAGCCCCGGCAGAGCCGCUCUCUACCUCACUCCACCUCUUUCCGGUUGCGAAUAUCUAUGCUCGAUAUUUCUUCUUCCUCACCGAAUUCAUGGACUGGUUCACCCGGCGUUCGACAUGCGAGUUACUGAAAAGUCACAGCCAUGAUGGAUACUCGGAAUUCCAUCACCUGAUCACAGCGAUCCAAGCGCAGGCGGGAGCCCUCGCGGAGUCGGCCGACUGCAUGGAUGUGGACGAAAAGGUGAACACAGCACACAGUCCGCGUGCCUUGUGGGUCGAAUCUCAGCUCAGUCAGAUCGGACGGGAGGGCACAGAACGACGCAUUGCUGCGCAAAAUACAAUCACCCGUCGUCUCAUCUGGGAGAUCCAGCAAGACGCCGAGGAACGAGCUCGGAUUCGACAGCAGAAGAGCCAGCUCUUGACGGAGAUGCUGAGAAACGUGAAUGCGCAGAUUCGGCCUGUUGGUGACUCCGACAACCGAACACUUUGCAUGGCCAGCGCUGCGCCGGAUGUUGCAUCCGCUUUCGAGUGGUUCCGCGUAUCCAGGCGUCGUUUGGCUCGUCUGGAGCUGCAAAGUGCCUCCAAACACCUCGAGGCCUUCUUUGCCAGCGACGACCAAGUUCCCGACAUCGACCCUACCGCUCAACUUCUCGUCGAGAGCAAGGUCGUUGCUACACUCCAAACAUGGGCAACUACCCCGAGGUCACAGGCCCUAGCCCUUGGUGGCUCUGCCGGCAGCUUCUCCGGUCCGGCUCCGAACCCCGUGGCUCUCAUCUCUGCCUGCUACGCAUCCGCUGCCCGACACGCGCAGCUCCCGAUUGUUUCCCACUUCUGUUCCCUCCCCGCGGACGAGAAGAAGGGCCUGACCUUACAGCAACAGGGUCUGAUUGCACUCACCUACAGUCUCAUUCGGCAACUGGUCAAUUGCCUCCCCACCGUCGUCGAUAGUGAUUCGUUGCUCGAUGUCAGUGCGGAGCGAUUCCGCCAAUUGGACGGUACAAUCCACAGCUGGAAAGCGGCCUUGAGCUUGGUUGAUACCCUGCUGCACUUUGUUCCUCCGUUGCUCGUGUGCGUGAUCGACGGAAUUGACAUGAUUCAUGAUUCCUCGACCGAUGAUGCGAUUCGAGACCUCAUCAGAAUUCUCCUCACCCAUACGGGGCAUCGACUCCAGCCCGCAAAUAGCGAAUGCUCGACCCCCACUUUUUUGUUCAAGAUCCUCUUCACCGUGACCGGGCGGUCCAGUGCGCUGGAAGAAGUCAUGUCGGAGAACCACAUUCCCACACGUGAGCCGACCCAGGCGACCGAGCACGCUGCCACGGAGCCAGUCCUUUCUUCCGACCUUGGAGCCGUCUUGAUGAAUGCUUGA